AUGACGAACCAAUCAGACAUUCAUAUCCCAGACCGUCACCCAAGCCUGGAUGAAUUGCCCAAACCUCCUUUCUCGAAGCACUGCACUUGGCUGGAAAGAAAUCUCCUGCUCCUGUUGACCGUUCUUGGUGUGAUCCUAGGUGCAGUGUUUGGGAGUCUCCUGCGCAUGGUGCCUGAUCUAGGCCCCAACUUUCUCCUCCUCGUGUCCUUCCCUGGUGAUAUCCUUAUGCGGAUGUUGAAGAUGCUGAUUCUCCCGCUUAUCAUCUCCAGUCUAAUCUCAGGUCUUUCCAGCCUUGAUGCCAAAUCGAGCGGCCGGAUGGGGUCCCGGGCCUUGGUUUAUUACAUGUCCACGACGAUCAUUGCCGCUGCCCUUGGCGUGAUUCUGGUGAUCGCCAUCCACCCUGGCAACCAGAAGCUCAAGAAGCAGGUGACUCUGUCGUCUAGGAAUCCGGAAGUGUCGAGUUUGGACGCCUUCCUGGAUCUCAUCCGGAAUCUAUUCCCAGAAAACCUCGUGCAAGCGUGUUUCCAACAGGUUCAAACUGUAUCAAAGAAGGUUCCGGUCUCCAUCCAUGAGGACACCAAAUCUGACAACGCAACUCAUGCCCUUGUGGCGAAUGCUUCCUUCCCGAAUGCAACAUUUCCCGCCAUCAAUUCCCGACAGAUCUUCAUAACCAAAAAACAACUGGAACUCAAAUGGGGCAUGAAUGUCCUAGGUCUGAUUGGAUUCUUCAUUGCGUUUGGCAUUUCCAUGGGGAAGAUGGGAGAAAGGGCACAAAUCAUGGCCGAAUUCUUCAAUGUUCUCAAUGAGAUCAUUAUGAAGCUGGUUUUAAUGAUCAUGUGGUAUUCUCCUCUGGGAAUUGCCUCCCUGAUCUGUGGGAAGAUUGCAGAAAUCAAGGACCUGGAGGUUGUUGCUCGGCAGCUGGGAAUGUACAUGGUGACUGUAAUGGUCGGGCUUAUCAUUCAUGGUGCGCUCAUUCUCCCUUCCAUUUAUUUCAUUAUCACGAGGAAGAACCCGCUCUCAUUCUGCGGUGGAAUAUUUCAAGCAUGGAUCACGGCCCUCGGAACAGCAUCUAGUGCAGGUACUUUACCUGUGACAUUUCGAUGCCUCGAAGAAAACCUGCACAUUGACAAACGGGUGACCAGAUUCGUGCUUCCGAUUGGGGCCACAAUAAACAUGGAUGGGACAGCGUUAUACGAGGCAGUGGCGGCCAUCUUUAUCGCUCAAAUGAACGGGGUUAUACUGGACCCUGGGCAGAUAAUAACCGUGAGCCUGACUGCUACCUUGGCAAGUGUCGGAGCUGCCAGCAUUCCUAGUGCUGGCCUUGUGACAAUGCUCCUGAUUUUGACAGCAGUGGGGCUUCCGACCCAGGACGUCAGCCUUCUCAUCGCAGUUGACUGGCUACUCGAUCGUAUGAGAACAUCGGUGAAUGUGGUUGGCGACUCGUUCGGGGCUGGGAUAGUGCAUCAUCUCUCCGAAUUAGAGCUGGCGGCCAUCGAUGCCCAGCAUUCCGAUCAAAAUGACUUGGAAAUGAUUAAGCUCCGGCCAUCGCUCGAUGAUGAGAAGAUGUACAAGAUGGAGAUCACAACCCUGCUUCCAUAUGCGGGAUAUAAUUCAAUACCAACUGACGAUUAUGAAACCACAGAUAUCAAGAAUGAUGGCACUGAGCAAGAUGACAAUGAUCCAGGAGAACUGAAGGAGCCAGAAGAAAUGAGUAAUGAAGAAACAAAAAAAAUGCCCAAUUGUGAUAAGGAAAAAGGAUAUGUAAAGAGGGAUGAAAAUGCAGAAGAGGAAUAA